GUAUGUGAAGAAACAAGGACGAUGUUUACCGAUGUGUUGCGAAGCAUUAAUGAGCAAAUAACUCAAUUUCUUAGUAGCCGCAUGGCUGUAAUGAGCUUCACUGAGAAAAGUAAUUCAAUAGGUAGUAAUAUGAUAGGUGAUGGUGAUGGUACAAGUGCGCAUGGUUCUUGCACUUUUCAAAGUAGUUUCAAUGAACCCAAUCAAGUGCGGGCAAAGGGGUGCGGCAAAAGGUUGAAAGGAGGAAAAGAGAAAGCAAUGGCUAGAAUCAAGAAUAAAAGAGAGAGACGUUGUCACGGGUGUGGUAAAGUAGGCCAAUCACAUGAUAAGCGAAAUUGUCCAGCACUCACAAAUCCGUCUUCUACAUGCGUUGAUGUGAAUUUGCAAGAGGGUAAUGAGAUAUCAAGUGAAGAUGGGGAGGAUGUGAAUCUUUUUGAAUGAACCCGAGGA